AUGGAUUCAACAAACUGCCGAGCUAAUGGCGGCUCAACGCAAGAAGUUUUGGUACACGCAACAGUGCAGUACAUUUACACAGCUUUCCUGGUUGUUUCCUGUCUUCUUUGCUUCGUUGGGAAUACGCUCAAUUUUGUGGUGCUUCGAAAGUUGACGGACAUCAGUGAACCUAGGAAAGUGGUAUUUUACUUCCUAUCGAUGUCGGAUCUGUGUACGGGUAUUGGUUGGGUACCCUCGAUACCGGCAGUAGUUCUGAAGUCUUGGCCAUUCGAUCGUGGAUUUUGCGUGUUUUGUAUUUACCUGAUUCUCACGAAUCUUGGUAUAUCCAUCAUCCUCAUUCUCCUUGUCACUUACGAUUGCUUCAUCGCCGUCGUUUACCCGUACAAGUACGCGUCCAUGAUCACCAAGUCCAGGGCCAUUGCACUGUCCUUUUUCGUUACCGUUAGUUACUACGCGCUGAUGGCCGUGUUUAUAGGUGUAGGAAGCAAGGGGCCUUUCUCUGAUGUUAAGUUUUAUCCGAUGGUUGGUUUCUGUUACGUUAACUUUGUUGCACGAGGACCCUUUACUUACAGCAUGUACGGUGUUUCAUACAUCCUGCUUUUGUUCGCAAUCAUGAUGACAAUCAUACAGGGAAUGGUUGCCAACGUUUCGAGAAAACAAGCUCGUCGCAUCGCCGAAUCGGAGGGCCGGUUCAGGCAUAGCGUCCUCACUGAAGACUUCAAACGGACGCAAUGUCAUCGGACAAAACGCAGAAGCGCAAUGGCCCGAAGGGAGAUCCGCGGAUGCCGGGUAGGCGGCAACCAUCGGAGCUGA